UGUCAUCAGCUGACACUGCGCCUGUAAACACGCCGCACGAUCUUACCGGUACGCCACGUGACAAUCGUGGGUAGCACAUGCCUUCGCUCAGAUUAAUAUUUUUCCUUGGUGAACAUAUCAACACUAACAAAUUGCUAGUGAGUACUGGACGGAGGAAGAACUACAUUUGACCUCUUUGUGCAGAAGGGGAGAAUCGGAUGUAGACAGGCUCCUACUGUCCAUGAAGACAUACUCGCUAACAUUGCCUAACCAGAUACAACGCUUGCAUAAAUAGCAGCAUCGGGAAAACAUCAAUAUGGCUCCCAAGAAUGUAAUAAUGGAAACCACUCCAUCGGAGGACAUGUUAACUGGAUCCUCUGAAGUGGAGCCAGUCAUCACAGCAGAAACACAUGCUCAGAAACGUCCCCCUAUGAAGAUAGUAUGGAAGAAUGUAGUGCUGUUUGCCAUGCUGCACCUGGCUGCAGUGUACUCGCUGGUACUCAUCCCCCAGGCCCACCUCUACACCUUGCUGUGGAGUGCUUUCAUGUACGUAUUUGCGGCCCUGGGCAUCACAGCAGGGGCACAUCGUUUAUGGGCACACCGUUCCUACAAGGCCAGAAUGCCAGUGCGUAUCCUGCUAGCUAUCAUGGAUUCUACUGCCUUUCAAAACUCUAUAUUUGAGUGGAGUCGUGACCACCGGUGUCAUCACAAGUAUUCGGAGACAGAUGCAGACCCCCAUAAUGCUAAGCGAGGGUUCUUCUUUUCCCACAUGGGAUGGUUGUUGGUGAAAAAACACCCUGAUGUCAUAGCCAAGGGAAAACAGCUGGAGAUGGCCGACCUUAAAGCUGAUCCUGUUGUCAGAGUCCAGGAAAAAUUAUAUGUUCCAUCUGUGCUGCUAUUCUGUUUCAUUGUGCCAAGCAUGGUACCGUGGUGUUUCUGGGGGGAGAGUCUGUUUGUAUCCUUCUACCUUGCUGCCAUCUUGCGUUACUGCCUGGGACUGAAUGCAACCUGGCUAGUGAACAGUGCUGCACACAUGUGGGGCAUGAGGCCCUACGACAAGCGCAUCAACCCGGCAGAGAACAUGAUGGUGGCACUGAGUGCUGUAGGGGAGGGAUUCCACAACUACCACCAUACCUUUCCUCAGGACUAUGCAACCAGUGAAUUUGGGUGGAAAAUCAACUUAACCACUUUCUUUAUUGACACCAUGGCGUAUCUAGGACAAGCUUAUGACCGACGCAAGAUUCCUGCAGAUGUUAUCAAGGCAAGGAAACUGAGGACAGGGGAAGGUAGCCCUUGAUUGAAGACUAUGGAGAUAGAUUGCUGGGUUUUGGUAGGAGUGGACACACAAGCUGCAACAAUGGUAGAAAUUCACUUGUAUUAUGUAAAAAAAAAAAGUGCACUAUUAGUUCACCUUUCUUGACCUGACUACUGCCAUAACAGUGACUGUGAAUUGAGCUUGUCAUUGAGACAUGAGCUUGCUGUAUGUUGGAAAGUCACUUUGCCAGAAACAAUCAAACAUGCCAAAUUGAUAAUUAUCACAUGUAGUUCUAAAUGUAAUCAAACCAUCGAGUAUCAAAACUAAUGUGGAUGAUUUUCAAAUUCACUUUGUGACCAUGAAAAGAGCUUGCUUUCCAUGUCAGGUCCUUUUUGAACAGUGAGGUUUUAUGAAUGUCAUGUCAACCAAGUUAUUUUCUUUUGAUCCUGUUCAAGCCAAUAUGCCACUAGUUCAGCCUAGUGGGUUGACCAAACUGGUAGGUUGUAAGUGGAACCUCUGUCACAGUAUUGAUGGUUUGAGGCCCAUUGUAUAUAUGGUUGGUAUACUGGAGGAGACUGUCGCUAGUCGGACUGAGCAGGAACUAUUCUUGCCACUUUUGAGGACCAUUUGUUCAAAACUGAAUUAAGAAUUUAUUUCAUCAGAUGAAGUACAACUGUUAGAAGGAGGAUGUUGCCAGCAAGGACUUGAACUGCCAUGCUUGAAUCUGGAUAUAUAUAUGUAACCUUGAUCAAGGCUGUUUUUCUUGAAUCUGUUUUGUUUUUUCUAGUGAUAUGAUAUGCAGUUAAUCAUGUUGAUUACAGCUGCAGACAGUCCCAAGUAAUCCACCUAGGCUGUUUUUGAGGAACAUAAAUGAUGUUAUCCUUCUCCAUGUGUAUAGCUAUCAUGAACACUGAUGAUGCUAUGUGGAAUAUGCCUCAGACACCAAGAUCAAGUAUCGCCAGCAGUCACAAAGUGACUUGGCCGAGGGCGGGCAGUUUUCAAGUUAUAAUGGACACAAUCUUGAAUGAACAGAUAUUGAUAAUACACAAUAGUAUUGUAUGAGUAUUAGUCCGAGAACAAAUGGCAGAAUUAUCAACCAACAUUAUACAAAAUUACAAUGUCAAAAUGUCCUGCAUCCGGUCCAAGCAUCUGCAGAUAUUCUGCAUCUAAAUAUGUCACAACUAGUGGUUGUCUGUAGGUUCUGUGUUGUAGGUGACUUUCAGGUUCUGUACAUUAUAGUUUUGUUUUGGACUGCUGUCCUUGGUUGUCAUUGUCCAGCAGGGGCACAUGUGCCUGAAGCUACCUGCAUAUGUGGUUCUCAUUACAUCAAGUUACCCUUAGGUCCAUCCUGCUUGUAUUGCUACAGGAUUAGCAAAAUUUGGGUGUUUCAAUGUAAAUUUCCAACUGUCAUGUGUUCUUAGUUUGCUUAUGUAGUAAGAACCACAUAAGAGCAUAUUUUGUUGUUUGAGUUGUCUGUAUCUUUGAAAGAUUUUCAUGCCUUUGUUUUAUUUAUUUCAUUGACAUACUUACGCCAUUUUGUUUAUUAAAUGAUGAUUUCAUUCAGUUUCAGAAAACAAUCCUGGGUAUGACAAAAUAAAUCGACCAAAAGUUGA